AUCAAUCGUGAGCGUCACGUAGCUGACAGCAAGUAUAAGUACAAGUCGUACUUCAACUUGCUGCACUCCAAGAUAGUAGAACACGGGAUUGACGAGCGCAAUACGUACAAUAUAGAUAAGAAGGGCUUCUUUGUCGGUAUCGCCAACCGCAGAAAGAGGAUCUUCUCCAAGGCAGUUUAG